GUUCGUGGCUCGCGCUGCCCUCACGCCAACACACCGCGAGCUAAUAUUAGCCCGCCAGCGUGACACUAUACUUACAACGUGUUAGUGCUAGCCCGCGAGCGUGACACUGCGCGGCGUGCUAACCUCGCACUGAGCCCGGUUCGGGUUUUUCCGCGCGAGCUCGCAGGGCGGGCGGCGCGCGCCGGCACCACCCUAUCUUCCCAAUAAGAAAUCAACCAUAUAACCAGUCGCACGUCCUGAAAAUAGUCUAUUAAUUGCUGUAAUUUUCACAUAUUUUCAGUAUAUAAGCAUUUUGUGCAGUGAUAGUUGAAAAUUUUGAACGUUUAAGGAGAUUUCCAUGUGAAAUGUGAGGAGGGGCAGAGGGACAUAACAACAGGUCUGAUAAGAAGCAGUCAACAAAAUGACGAUAGUAACGAACCCUGCACGCACAAACUCCGAGGAUGAGAUCGACGCGGGCUGCGAGAUCAUGCCGUGCGGCGAGUCCUCCGGCCUCACCAUCGACGAGAAUAUGCGUCUCUACGACGAUGAGAAGCAGAGCGACAUCGUGUUCGUGGCGGGCAUCAACGGCGACACCUGGCGAUACCCCGGCCACCGGCGCGUGCUUGCCGCCACAAGCCCCGUCUUCGCCGCACUGCUCUCCGCUAAGACAGAUGUCAUCGUCGUUGACUAUAUUGACCGUCGCGGCUUCGACCAGCUCCUGCGGUACCACUAUUGCGAGCCCACCCAACUCAACUCCGUGGCCACGGCGCGAUGCUCCCUCGACGCCGCCUACAAGUUCCUAUGCCCGCAGCUCGCCGAGCGCUGCGCACGCCGGCUUGAUGAGAUGCUAAACGCCAGCGUCGCUCUCGAGAUCUUGCGCGACCUGCGCUUCAUGUGCGCGCGACUACCGGGGGCCGCCUCCGCGCCGCCGCUGCCUUCUCUCACUGACGAUAUGGCCGCGCGUCUGCUCGCCCAGUGCUCCUGCUGGUGUGACUCCCUCGCACACAACGCUCUUCUCGUGCUCGACGAGAACGCCGACGAGGCACUCACUGAUGAGCGGCUCGAAGAACUCACUUACGAGGAUCUCGCGCUGAUCGUGAAGCGCGAUACCCUGCGCGUGUCGAACGAGCUCGUGCUAGCGGAAGCACUGUCGCGGUGGAGCACGGCGGCGUGCAAGCGCACCAAGCGCGAGCUGACGCCAGGCAACAAGCGCGCUGCGCUGGGCGAGUUGGCGUACUGCCCACGCUACCUGCUGCUGGCGGGCGAGGAGCUGGAACGCGCUCUGGCUCUGGAGUUGCUGGAGCCGAUGGAGCGUGCGUUGGUUAUGGCACGCGCACGCAAGUUGUCGGCACCGGUGCCUGUGGGCGCGGAGCAGGAGGCACUGCUACGACAGUGGGCGCGCCCGCGACCCGCCACUCCCGCCGCGCUGCCCGUGCACCUCAGCGCACGCUCCGAGCCCGCCGACGAGCAGCCCAGUAAGCUGUGUGCGCGCCGCGCUAAGCGUCCCAAGCGGCCGAGCUUCGCACCAGAAGAGAGGAAGGCCCCGAAGCGCGGCUGCUGCUCCUCGUUCUGCGACGGUUUGCUGCGAGCCUUCAUCUGCCUUUUUGAUUGAAUUUAAGAAAAUCGUUUGUCGCAGGCGCGUCUAUCUAGGCAUUGUUUGUUAGUGUGUGGAAUAAUUGUUCAAUGUGAAAUCUUCCUAGACGACAACACUUUCCUUCUAGCUUAUAUGUGUCUACAUAUACACACUACACACUAUUCAAUAUAUUAUGUCGUCUCGAUACGGACAAAACAAAUGCAUCUUCACUACAUGAAGUGUUUAUUGUAUAAAUGUGUAGAGAAAAAUAAUUUAUUAUUUAGUAAUAUUAUCGUAACUCUAUAUUAUGAUGACUUUUCUGUAAAAAUAUCGGGUAUUCUAUAUCUACAAUCUUUGUAUUUUUCAAAAGUUUAUACUAAAUCUUAAAAAAUAUCAGAUAUUAUAUUUCCAAACAAAAUAAAUCCUCAAGGAGGUGGACGGAAAUUUAAGUUGUACAAAAUUGUCAUUAAAUUUUUCUAUCGGUAAUUUCUUUGACUUAAAUUUUUCUGUAAUGAGUUUUAAAAAGUCAUAUAAAAUGCAUGAAAUGUAAAAUUUAUUGAAUAUUAUGCAUUAUUUCCACUUUAUAGAACAAAAUAUAACUCGCUAUAAUAUUGUGUAGCUUUGUUGUCUUUGUAGUAAAAUGUCGUGCUUUUCUUUAGAGAAAAUUGAUGUUAAAUUCGUAAUUUGCUUCUUUCUUGUUCUUAUAUGAAAUUGUAAAACAAUUUGCAGUGCGGAAUAUAAGCGGGUUUCCACUGGUAAAAGAUGUGCACUAAAGCACAUUAUCAACUCUUAUUUAAAAAAAAAUUACGUUAGAAAUAAUGAUUACACGAUUAUAUCUUACUUUGUUGCAUUUAUAAUUAGCGAAU